AUGUCGACCAAACACUUCUUUCCCGACACCAAUGGCCUCGUUGUCCGCGCUCUGAAUUCCAUCGUCGCCCGCAAUCCGCACCUCGAGCACGAUGAGGCGAACCGCGUUGUGUUCUCCAAGACACACCCUCCCUCCAAAGUCAGCAUAAUAUCCGGCGGUGGCAGCGGCCACGAGCCAGCUUGGGCGGGUUAUGUCGGAGACGGCAUGCUCACGGCCGCCGUGGCCGGCGAGGUUUUUGCUAGUCCCUCGACGAAGCAGGUCAUGGCUGCAAUCCGGAACGUCCCCUCGGACGCAGGUGUAAUUCUGUGCAUCACAAACUACACGGGCGACAGGCUUCACUUCGGCCUGGCGAGAGAAAAGAUGCACGCCAUGGGCCACAACAUUGCACAGAUUCCGCUGACGGAUGAUGUUGCUUUGGGACGGAAGAAGUCCGAGCUGCUGGGUCGCAGAGGCCUGGCUGGCAACGUUUUGGUCCUCAAGCUUCUGGGUGCGGCUGCGCAUGAAUCGUGGAACUUCGAAGACUGCUGGAAACUGGGCACCGAAGUGAAUGCGCAGUUGGCCACCAUCGGAACGAGUCUUGACCACUGUCAUAUCCCUGGUCGAGCCCAUCACGAACAAAUUGAAGCGGAUACUUGUGUUUUGGGAAUGGGUAUUCACAACGAGCCCGGCCUGCGGAAGAUCUCCCCGAUGCCAACUCCUCAAGAUCUGAUCAAAGAGAUGCUGCUCUACGUACUUGACCCUAACGACUCGGAUCGCGCCUUUGUGAAGUUUGACCAGAGGGAUGAGAUUGCCUUGGUAAUCAAUAACUUCGGUGGCCUUUCUAACCUCGAGUUGGAAGCCCUUACCCAAAUUGCAUUGGAACAACUGGAGCAAGAUUGGAAGAUCAAGCCGAGCCGCAUCUAUUCGGGCAUAUUCGAGACGUCUCUCAACGGUCCAGGAUUUUCUUUGACGCUCGGAAAUCUCUCAAACGUUGCAAGUGCAGUCAAUCGUCCAGUAUCAAAACUACUCGAGCUUCUCGAUGCGCCAACCACGGCCCCGGCGUGGCCACGAAGUGGAUAUAGCCAGCCGGUCUCUAUCUCGAAGGAGAGCUCUGAUAGACGAGAAAAGGCACGGGCGGAGGUUGAGCAGGAAGUCUCUGACGUCAAAGGUCCAGAAGCAUCACCAUCGCUGCUGCACGCACUUCGUACUGCUUGCAGCGCCGCCCUCACGGCAGAGCCCGAUAUUACCAAGUUCGACAUUCAAAUGGGCGAUGGCGACUGCGGUGAAGCAGUGGCAGGAGUUUGCAACGCCCUGCUCACGUCGAUGAAAGCGUCUCCCUUCAUCACCAAAGCCCCUUGUCUAGUAUCCUGCCUCGCCUCGAUCAACUCAGAUUUGGAAGAUAUGGGUGGUAGCCUCGGCGCCAUCUUGUCCAUUCUUCUCACGGCAUUCGCUGGGAACCUGCAGCGCGGGGUCAAUGCCAGCGGUAAGCUUGACAUUGGCGUCAUCGGCGACGCAGCGGGAAAGGCGAUGGAGGCACUGAAGGCGUAUACGGGUGCGCGGGUCGGCGACCGGACGGUGAUGGAUACACUGAUUCCGUGGUGUGAAACGCUCCAGGCCACGAGAGAUGUAGGAAAGGCACUGGCAGCUGCGGAGGAGGGCGCGAAGAAGACGGCAGGGAUGAAGCCUAGGUUUGGAAGGGCGACAUACGUAGGUGAGAUGAAGGAAGGUGAGCAAAUGCCGCCAGACCCGGGAGCGUAUGCUGUGGCGGUUUUCUUGAGGGGAUUGGUUGAAGGCGGUGCGUGGGCGUAG